AUGUUUCCUUAUGUAGGUGAGAAGAAACUCGGUACGGUAAUCACUCCCGAUACCUGGAAAGAUGGUGCAAGAAACACUACAGAAAGCGGUGGCCGCAAGUUAAAUGAAAACAAGGCAUUGACCUCAAAGAAGGCAAGGUUUGAUCCUUAUGGAAAGAACAAAUUUGCAAUAUGUCGGAUUUGUAAGAGUUCUGUCCAUCAGCCAGGGUCUCAUUAUUGUCAAGGAUGUGCCUAUAAAAAAGGCAUCUGCUCAAUGUGUGGCAAGAAGGUCUUGGAUACGAAGAACUACAAGCAAACUUCUGUCUAACUGUAUUGAUUAGUCUUUUUAUGAACUUUAACUUCUGUGUCUUUGUACAGUUAGUUUUCUCUAAAAUAAUUUGUGAAUAUUACUUUCUGGAAGAGAAUACAUUUACUUGGAAUGAGAUGAGAGGUAAAGACAGCCUGAUUGUUUGCCUAGAAAUGUACAUGAUAUCUGGUUUUUGUUGUUUUAGCACUAAUGUUAACUGAUACUUUAAUGGUUUGCAGCAACUGAUACAGUUCAAAGUGAAUGAGGAAAUCCUAGUGGAUGGGUUGAAACUACGUUACCAUCAUAACACAGAUAUGAGAUUAACACUUGUAUUCUUUUGCAGUAUCUUGAGUCUUCUGCUUGUCUGAUAGUAAUAUUUUCUAAAUGUAUAAAAUAUAAGCUUGUAUCGCCUCA